AUGACCUCCGCUUCCCUACAAAAGCAAUUCUACAGCACCAAUUCUGUUUGGGAAGCUCGCAUCGGCUACUACCGUGCGGUACGACGUGGAGAUAUGAUCUGGGUUUCUGGAACGACCUCCGUAGACCCAGCAUCGACAGCAUCACCACCACUGGUCCGCUUUCCUGGGGAUGCUAGGGAACAAACGCGUGUUGUGUUGAAUGAAAUCAUCGAAGCCAUUCAGGCUGUUGGAGGGCGAGGUGCUGAGAGCAUUGUGAGAUGCCGGAUGUUUGUGAACAAGCAAGAGGAUUGUGGUGCUGUUGGAGAAGUAUUUCAAGAGAUUUUAGGGAAAGGCCAUGGAGGACAGAUUGGGGCUGCUGCAACGAUGAUUGUUGUACCUGGUGGCUUUGUUGACGAUAAUAUGCUCGUCGAGAUUGAAGCUGAUGCAUUUGCCGAUGGCGAUAACAAUUGA